UACCUGUGUGUCACACUUCCAUUUUGUGGUUGAUUGAAAUUCAAAUAAAAAUUGAGAAUAAAUCCACAAAUACACUCUUAUUCGUGAAAGUAUAAAAACAUGGCUAUAGCAAGCACAACUUCGCCCCUAAGCACCCCAGACAGCGACUCUCCUGCUAAAAAAACCAAACUAGGCAAAUGCGAAGUCUGCGCCAUCCGGGACUCCAAAUACUGUUGCCCCCGAUGCGAAGUCAAAACGUGUUCCUUAGAAUGCAACAAAAUCCACAAACUCGAGGUGGAAUGCAGCGGAGUGAGAGACCGGACGAAGUUUAUCCCAGUGAACAAAUUCACGAACUUGGAUUUGUCGAGCGACUACAGGCUUUUGGAGGAGAUUUCGAGGGUGGUGGACGUUUCAAAGAAAGCGAGGUGUAAUUUGAGAUUUGGUUUAAGCAGGCGGUUUUUGUUGCUGCAGCAGCAGGCUUUACAGAGAAAAAUCUCGCUUAAGUUUUUACCAAGGAGUUUUGCUAGGCACAAAAACAACAGCUCGAUGUUUAAUACGGGAACAAAAAUAAUUGAGUGGCAUGUGGACUGGGUUUUUGUUAAUAGUGAGAAUUUUAAAAUCAGCGAGGAAAGGGUGCCUGAAAAUGGCCGGAUUAGCUCAAUUCUUAGUAAAUAUUUGGCGAAGCAGGAGAGUGAGCAGAUGCAGGAGAAGCUGCAGUACUAUCAAGCCGCAGAUUUACCAGGUAUAAGAAUUCUCUUGAAAGCGGAACGAAAAAGUGGAAAGAAAUUUUACGAAAUCGACCCCACAUACACACUGAAGGACUGUCUGAGAAACAAAAUAAUUACUGAAUAUCCUACCAUUCAUUUAGUCUUAAAAGAUCAAGCACUUUUUUAUGAUAUAGUGGAUUCAGACGACGAGGAAGACUGUAAAAAAGAGCUUCGAAAACAAAUGAAGAGUGGACAAGAAGUCAUUAAUAAAAUCAUCAAGAAAUCUGAAAGUGAGGAUGGGUUGUACGAAUUUGUGAAAAAUUUCAUGUUUAGUUCCGAGUAUUCUGAUGAAGAAGGAGAGUCAGAGGGAGAAUGA